UUGCAGGUGUGUUGCUCCGGUUCAAGAGGAUUUUUGUGCACAUUACUAUUUCAGAACCGAGCAUAUAUGCGGGGAACAGCUGCAGGCUAUCGAACGGCGGCAUUUUUGGUUUAUUUUCGUGACGCACGCGCAAAAAACUGUCACCGCGCGACUCAUUGAACGAUAUAACAGCGCGAGCGGGGCGACUUCAACGGUUUUUACGAAUGGUGGUGCCGGAGGAAAAGCGCGAAUAAGCAACUGAAUGAAGAAGACACGGUGAAAAGGAACGUCAUUUCGACUAAAAACAUGUGGUUAUCGGUAAUGGUAGGCUGAGAAGAGCGUCCCAAUGACACAUGUACCAUUGUUGACAGUGGAAUUAUCGUCGACGUUGUUGACAUUUGCCUCAAACACAUCCUUGCAUGCCUUUCAUCAUAUCACACUCAUUGAAUAUUAUUUAAAAGACUAGGGAAUGUAAUUAAUCAAUUCCUCUGUAAUGUAGACGCAUGAAUGAUGUACUGUUGACAUAUUUUGUUGAUCAUUAUGCGCUGUUAGACAUAUGCCUUCAUGCUUGAUAGUUGGAAAUACAGACGCUUUGUCAAAAUAACAGAAUAUGACCAAAUGGCAUAAACAAUAACCACAUCCGGUCACACUUAUAACAUGUAUCAGUAACGUGCUUUAAUUUUUAAUGAAAGAAAUGCACAAACAUUACAUCCAGUGUUGAAGUGCAUUAGACCGCAUUAGGCAGUCUGCUAAAUUAGUUGUUAAUUUAUAUAUCCUAUAAUAUAAAUUCCUCAUAUUACAGUAUAUAUUUAGCAGGUCAUUACUUACAAUUGUCUUUAAGUCUAUCAUUUGGAACUGAUGCUAAGAGAUACAUCCUCACAGUCACACAUUAACCUUUCAAAAGCUAUAAUUCACAGAGUACAUAAGCAAUAUACAGUAUAUAUAUAUAUAUAUAUAUAUAUAUACACACUGUGGCGCAAAGAUUGGUUCACCUAAAUUAUUUUCUUAGGUUAAAAGUGUAACACUCACUUGUCUUCCAUUAUUUAAAUAUAUCUCUCAUUCUAGAUCACAAACCUCAGAUCCAAGUCUUCCACUAUCACAAAAAGAAAACUUUGUUUAUUAGUGACUAUCCCACUAUAUAUUUUAGAAGUCAGAUUAGAUAUUGAUCAAAACAUUUGUAUCACCUGAAACCGAAUAUUGAGAUCAUCAUUAAAGAAGAUAGCACAGAAUAGAUUCUGCCUCAGAGCUAAACAGCUGAAGAAAACAUCCUAAGAACAAUUAUAGACAUCUGAGUCUGGCAUCUCAGCUCGUUUUACUUUCAUGGAGUAACUGAAUACUCCAUGCCUGGACGUAUUGGACAGAUCGCCUCACACAGAAGACAUCACAUUCUCUGAUACAUUGGACUCAUUUGGUCCUCAACAGCGACUAAAGAAAGGAGGAUCCAUCAUUAGGGUCUGAACUAAGAGGGAAGCCCUACAUCAUCUCCCUGUCUGCCUCUGGUCUGAACUGUUUUCUAUACUGUCAAGCUCAUCUGUUCACAGAUCCAGAGGACGUAUUUCCCUCGCAGAGCUUCUGUCUCACUGUGGAGUACUUGUCAAGACCUUUGGCUUUUCUGUCAACUGUGUGAUACUGUGUUUUGUGUGUGUGUGUGAUUGUGUUUUUGUGUGAGAGAUACACACAGAGACACGACUCCGAAAGGAACGCCUAUCAUCAGUGAAGAUGUCUGCACUGCGGCUUCUGUGGGUUCCUGUGCUGAUGUGUUUAACACAAGCAUGGCUCUGCCGUGGGGCGUGUGUAGAGGUUGACUCUGACACGGAGGCAGUGAUGGGUGAUGGCUUCAAACUGGGUUGCAUCUCUUGUAAGAUGCGAGGGGAAGUGCCAGCUUCUGCCACAGUGGACUGGUGGUUCAUGGCCAAAGGCGAAAGUGACUUUACACAUAUCUACAGUUAUGCAGAUAUGACAGGCUACAUAAUGGAUGACCGUUUCAUUGACCGCCUUGACUGGAACGGAAGUAAGAAAACAAUGGACGUGCAGGAUGGCUCCAUUUACAUCCUCAAUGUGACCUUCAACGAUACUGGCACCUAUCGAUGCUUCUUUGACCGGGUCCUCAUCUUCCCCAAUUAUGAGUUUCGCACCAAUGCCACCAAGUUUAUCACCAUCAAUAUAGUGGGCAAAGCUACUCGAGGCAUGGCGUCCAUUCUUUCUGAGAUUAUGAUGUAUGUGUCCAUCAUUGGGCUGCAGUUAUGGCUGGUGGUGGAGAUGGUCUACUGUUACAGGAAGAUAGCAGCAGCAGGAGAAGAAGCACUGCGAGAGAGCGAGGCGGAAUAUUUAGCUAUAACCUCGGAGAGCAAAGAUAAUUGUGCAGGUGUAGCAGUGGGAGAAUAACAUAGGGCCAAAAAUCUCUCAAGCAUAAAGCUCUCCAUCCAUUAUGACAUCACCAACUGCCUCCUCAGUCACCUUCACUGGAGCUCUGGGCAACCGCCGGUUUCAGUAUGACAGUGACCAAACAAACAUUCUAAACCAUCAGG